GAAGCGUGCGAGCGUGCGUGCGUGCGUGCGCGCCUGCCCACGCGCGUGUGUCUGCUCUGCUGUUGCUGCCCUUUGAUCCCUGCAUUAGUGUUAGUUAGGGGCUCGGAGACUCGCUCACACCGAGAGCAGCCAUAGUCAGACAGGCAACAACAACAGCGAGCGGCGCCUCCUCCGCCUGGUUCCCCCCGAGCAGCACUCUUUAAACCGAGCAAAGCCAGGUGCACGACCGAGUUCCUGCCAUCACUGGAGCCUCCGGUCUCAAUGGGAGAAAUCCUUUUUUCUCCUCAUCCCCAAACAAGGACGAGAAUGUGAUUAAAAGCGAGGGGGGAAAAUGCCAAGGAGGAAGCAGGAGCAGCCCAAGCGCCUGCCUUCACACGUGGACGGCGAUGAGGAAGGGGGCCCUGAUGACGGUGCUGUGGAGGAGGAAGGCUGGUUCGGGAACACUUCCGAUACGCGCUCCGACUCGUCGUCUUUCGGAGACACGCAGGACGAGCUUCUCCUGCACAGAGGCUCCUCUCCUGAGGAUCAUCCCGGGGUCAGCUCCGGGGAUCACGACGCCUGCGGAGGCGAGGGCUCACUGGGUUGUCGGACGCCCGUCCGUCGUGCCUCUUUGGAACUUCUCGGCCUGGAUGGAAGUGCAUUCUCGGCCCAGGACACUCUCUCCUCUGUCGUGUCGUCACUGUAUGGCGAGGCGGCAUCUCGAGCCCUGGGGAAACCCCUCAGCAGCAACCUGCGGCGCCUCCUAGAGGCUGGCUCCUUCAAACUUGAUGGUGGAGAAGUGCUGGGUCGGUCAUCCAGGGGAAAUUCUGGGGGAGAGUCUCCUCCGAUUGCUCUGGCUCCACCUCUGACCCUUUCCCCGUCUUCCCAUCACGCCCAGCAGUUAAGUGCUCUUGCCCGGAAACUGGCCAAUAACAGCAGCAGUGGUUCUGCCUCACCAGCCUCCUUGGCUCCCUCAGUCACCAACAUCAAGCAAGAGCCCCUUGACCCCUUUAAUAAUGUCACCCCUAGCAACGGAGGUGGAUUUGUGUGGGCAGGCGUGUCCGAUAAGUGGCCGCCAGCCUCCUGCUCCACGCCCUGUGGCUCCAGCCUUUCCCCAGACUCUGCCAUCCAGAAGCUAAAAGCAGCGGCUAACGCCGUGCUCCAAGACAAGAACGCCAUCGCUUCCUCCUCAACAACCUCCUCCUCGUCCACUGCCGCGUCAGCCGCAGUGCCCGCUCUUGGUGGCGGCAGUCGAGGGGACGACGUGGUCCGCUUUGAUGCCUUCAACUCUCCGUUCAGCCCGCAGUCGGCGAGCUCAACCCUCGCCGCACUUUCCAAGAAAGUGAGCGAGAGGAGCCAGGCCUCCUCGACGGCUCGCGCUGCUCCGGACCACCAAGCUUCGGCGAGCUCCUUCCUGUCCCUCGUUUCAAUCACCACCUCCUCUGCUGCCUUGCUCAAAGAGGUGGCAGCCAGAGCGGCAGGAAACCUGCUGGCAGAGAAGAAGGAUGGUUCCCCGCUGUCGAACGCAGGGGUCCUCCAAGAGGACGUGAAGCCCCUGCUGGACAAGAACCAGAAAGCCCCGACGCCCACCACACCUACGCAGACCCUCGAGUUGUUGCUGCCAUCGACGCCGAAGGGCAGAGGCAAACUGAACAACCAAGCAGGUUCUCCUGAGGAUGGAGGCAAACCGUUCCAGUGUCCUGUAUGCGGACUGGUCAUCAAACGCAAGAGCUACUGGAAGAGACACAUGGUCAUCCACACAGGCUUGAAAAGCCACCAGUGUCCGCUGUGUCCCUUCCGCUGCGCUCGCAAAGACAAUCUCAAGUCUCACAUGAAGGUGCAUCAGCACCAGGAUCGAGGCGAGACAUUUCAGUGUGAACUCUGUCCCUUUACCUCCUCCCGACACUUCAGCCUAAAGCUUCACAUGCGGUGCCACCAGCACUUCCCUCGCACCGACGUCAAGGUGAAAGAGGAGCCCACCACCGACACAGAGGGCGAGGGUUCCCUGCUCGGAGACAGCGGCACCACGGAUCUGAGAGCGGCAGAGGCGUCUCCGUUGCUUGCAGAACAUCAGCAGCAAACCUCUCCCUCCUGUGAAGCGUCUUCUAAUCAUGUCCAUAUAAAGGAGGAGCCUCAGGAGCGGGACCUGUCCGUGCUGUCCCCCUUCAGCAUCAGCAGGGACCGCCCCGCCAGCAGCACCAACUCCCUGGACCUGCCUGGAGUCGGAGUCGGGAUGAGGUCCAGUCCGAGUGGUCCGACCACAGCCUCGCUCUUCAGCCCCGACAUCACUACCAAAACGGCAACUGACCUGCUGAUGAAGCUGUCAGCAGCCAACCAGAGGGAAUCAUUAAAGUCUCCGUUCCACCUGAAGGAGGAGCCGAAGGUGGAGGAGGCUCCGAGCCCGAGGCCGUCCUCACAGAGCCAGGGUCAGGGUAAGCCGAGCUUCCCCGGGUCCUUCUGCCAGGAGCCGAGGGAAGGAAGCCCUAUGGCUAAGAACAGCCUGCUGAGCCAGGACAUCAACGUGAAGGUGGCGUCGGAGCUGCUGAUCAAGCUGUCAGAGAACAGCAAAGACGCCCAGUACCAGAAGGUGAAGGUAAAGGCCGAGCCCAUGGAGGUGGACCCGUCCCCUGCAGAGCCCACCCCGCCUGCCUCCCACCUGCCGACCUUCAGCACUUUAGGGGCGAGUGAGAAGAGUGAGCCGAUGAGUAACCUCCCAGAGACGUUGGCCUGCCCCCAGAAAGACCUCUUCUCCCAGGACAUAUCGGUCAAAAUGGCCUCCGAGCUGCUCUUCAAACUGUCAGAAAAAGUAAGCAAAGCCAACAACCACAAAGACGGUAACAUGGUGGGAAUAAACAGUUCCAGUUCAUUUCUUGAUGAGUGCUUCAGACAAUCACCCUUUGACUCGCGCUCCAAGAGCUCGUCCCCCGCAGAGGCCGGUUCCUCCACCAGGGCGCCGAUCCAUGACCCGGAGAAGGAGGAUGGGGAGCCCGGAAACGGCCUGGCCCAGUGGAAGCUCCACGAGCAGCUCUUCCCCUGUCCCAUCUGCAGGAAGGUGUUCGGCAGGCAGCAGACCCUCUCCAGACACCUGUCCCUGCACACAGGGGUUGGUUUAUGUGUGUGUGUUACAGAGGAGAGGAAAUACAAGUGUCACCUGUGUCCUUACGCAGCCAAGUGCAGAGCAAACCUCAAUCAGCACCUGUCCAUCCACUCCGUGAAGCUGGUCAACACGGACGCCGAGCAGAUCGUCAGCGCCGUUACCGCCGACGCCACCGAGCGCAAGAACUGCCCGUACUACUACCGCUGCCAUGUGUGUGAUUUCCAGACGGAGCUGAAUGCCCAGUUUGUCAGCCACAUGUCGCGUCAUGUGGACAAGGAGCAGUGGAUGUUCUCGCUCUGCUGCAGCGUCUGUGACUUCGUCUGUAUGGACGAGAGCGACAUGAAGAGCCACAUCAGUACCGGCCACGCAGGUCUGAAUUCAAGAAGCCCCCUCAGUGAAACCAAGAGCACCUCAUCGUCUCUUUCAGCCCUCAGCGAUUCACUCAACAGCUCUGAGGGCGGCGACGUCGCCGGCGGUAACGAAGAGCUCAAAAACCUGCUUGCACCGCCCUCCUCCGCAGGGAGCCAGGCCAGCUCCGGGAGUCACUCGGAAUCAGGAGCCGAGGACAAGUCGGACAAAGGUUUCGAAUGCGUUUUCUGCAACUUUGUGUGCAAAACGCGCAGCAUGUAUGACCGGCACCUCCAGAUCCACCUCAUCACGCGGAUGUUUGAAUGCGACGUUUGCCACAAGUUCCUCAAGACGCCCGAGCAGCUGCUGGAGCACAAGAAGUGCCACACCGUCCCCUCCGGAGGGCUCAAGUGCCCUUUCUGCAUCUACUCCACCAAUCGUCCAGCGGCCAUGGAGUGCCACCUGAAGACGCACUGUAAGAUGGAGUACCGCUGCCGCAUCUGCCAGGGACUGUGGCCGGACCAGGCCUCGCUGGAGGCCCACAUGCGGGGGCAUCGCCUGGGCAACCACUACAAGUGUGAGCAGUGCGGCUACCUGUCCAAAACGGCCAACAAGCUCAUCGAGCACGUGCGCGUGCACACGGGCGAGCGGCCCUUCCACUGCGACCGCUGCUCUUACAGCUGCAAGCGCAAGGACAACCUCAACCUGCACAAGAAGCUGAAGCAUGCGCCGCGCCAGACUUUCGGGUGCCAGGAGUGCCCUUUCACCACCACGCACCCCUUCGUCUUCAGCCGCCACCUCAAGAAACACCAGAGCAGAGGGGUGGAGGGGUUGGGCGGAGGGGAGGAGGAGGAGGAGGAGGCGGGAGGGGAGGAGCCACCGCUGCAGGGGGCCAAGGAGAGCUUCCUGUUGGGCGUGGAAGGCAGCAGCGGGGGCAGUAGUAGCAACAGCCCCCUCAUGAGCCUGACGGCGUCUCAGGCGCUGCAGUCCGUGGCUCUGUCCCUGACGCUGGCCGCGUCCCGCCAGCCGGAGCCCGCCGGCAGAACCAGCAUCAGCAGCAGCCCCUCCCUCUUCGCCCCCUCCUCCCGCCACGUGCCAGAGCGGUACAGGAACGGCGAGCACGCCCACCUGAUCCCCCUGACAACCCUGUUCACCCACAACAGCCGCCUCACAUUCAACUCACACCUCCACUCCAGAUGGCGGCCGGACAUGUCCCCCCUCGCCCUCCCCUGCCCCUCCUCCCACAAACACUCCUUCCUGGCCUACCUGGGACUGAUGGAGAGGGCCAAAACUGUUUGCCCCCCCCCUUUGGACAGUGGUGUGAAAGACCACUGCAGCGGGAGCAACGUCUUUUCCAAUCAGACCGGCAGAAUAAGCUGGACCAGACAAACUUACUAAAACAUUUCUAAGAGGAAAAACGCUGUACAUGCUAAGAUGCAUUUAUAUCAAAAAGCUGCUUUUCUUAUCAGUUCUAUCGAUUGAAUUAUUACUACAAGUACUACAAUCUAUCACCUUCUGCUCUGUUUGUAAGCAUCUGAAUGACCUGAAGCCAGGCGCUUUACCCGAUGACGCUUAUCCUGGUUUUAUAGAUAUUUCCUUCAGUCGUUUGAUAAGAGA